GUUCCUUUUUUUCCCUAUUAAAUUCUCUUUAAUCCCAUAUCAUUUCUCUAAUCCCUCGCAUUAGGGCCUUUUUUUCUUGUUUUGCGAGUGUGCUGUUAGGAUCUCUUGAAAAGCUCAAGACCUUUGCUUUUCACACAUCCUGGGGUUUGGUUCUUAGUUGCUUCUCUUUAUCCUUUUCUAUUGCCUAUUGAUUUCGAGGAGGUGAUAGCAGGAACGGAUUGGAGCAAAGGGCUAUCUUAAGGAAUGGGGGUCGAGGACGUGGUUGACACUAUGAGGAGUCAAUUGAGGCCAUCCAUGGCUUAAGGGCAGGCACUAGUGCUGGGUGAGGCGAUAGUGGAGGCUAGUAAGAGUCGGCACUCGCGAUUUUGGGAUGUGAUUGGUAAGUGUAAAGGCCUUGUAAGUGAGGUGGAUAUGGCUAUGGAGACUUUUGACAAGAGAAGCAAAAUGGUUAAAAUGGUGAUGAGUUUUCAAAACGGUUUCCAUAAGGAGUUUAUCCCCUCUAGUUUGCUUUUUUUAGUUUUCUCUUAUGUACUCAACAGUAACUUAAGAUUUUUUGAGAUUCAUUUAGGUCAUCGAUCUUAUUGUUUAGACAACAUAGUAAUAAUAGCCUUGGGUUGGCUAGAAUGGGACUUGGAGGCGGUAAUAAUUAAUGUGUCGCCGUACCCCUUGCCUUCCACUUCUUAUGAAUGGAAUUAUUUUUUUUUCUAAAAAAAAAAAAAAAAAAGGGGGCGGUUGUGAAUUGGUGUAACAUUUACACAACUAUAAGUUGAUUCUAACUCUUUAUUUUAUAUCAUUCUAAUCAUUUUUUAGUUUUGUAAUUUUUGAAGAUUAUUUUUACUGAUGAUAAGAGAGAUAAGGACAAUAAAAACAAUAUGAAAAAAUAAAGAUUAAUUAAAUGA